UCCAGCAGCCUCGGUAGAGCGGGAGGAGGAGGAAGAAGAAGAGGAGGAGGAGGACAGAGCCGUCGUUGUGUGUAAGGAGGGAAUAGUGUCAGUGGGAUGGUCCGGAAAUCCCGUGAUAAAAAGAGGGAGUAGUGAAAGUAAAGGCACUGUGGGCUCGUUCGUUCUCCGCUACUGGCUCACGGUCGCGCCCGAACCCUAUUGGAAGGAGAGAACUUCUUACGUCCGCUCCUAUAUCCUUCAAACAGAAGCUUUAGCUUCUGAGGCACACAUGGAAUCGGCCACAGCUUGAUCUGCUGAGAAAAGAGGAAAAGCAGCUUUUUUGCCUUAGCUGCGACUUAAAGGGAACGCGGAACUGCUGGAGCGCAGCCACCGAGAAAGCUGCAGGCUAAACCUCAGGAAUUUGUCUCCACCUGACUUGCAUGUGAGAACUGCUCUGGUGGGAAGGAAUCUAAAGCCAUCAUCAUGGAAUUUGUAAUGAAACAAGCUUUAGGAGGGGCUACCAAAGACAUGGGGAAGAUGUUGGGAGGAGAGGAGGAGAAGGAUCCUGAUGCUGCCAAGAAAGAAGAAGAACGACAGGAGGCACUCCGACAGCAGGAAGAAGAAAGGAAAGCGAAAUAUGCCAAGAUGGAGGCUGAACGAGAAGUUGUGAGGCAAGGGAUUCGGGACAAGUAUGGCAUUAAGAAGAAGGAGGAAAGAGAAGCAGAGGCCCAAGCCGCUCUGGAAGCAAAUGCAGAAGGCAGCCUGACGCGCCCAAAGAAGGCCAUCCCACCGGGCUGUGGAGACGAGGAUGAGGAGGAAGAGGAAAGCAUUCUAGACACCGUUAUUAAAUACCUGCCAGGUCCGCUCCAGGAUAUGUUUAAGAAGUAAACUGCGACAGACUGCCAGCCUGUCCAUGGACAGUAAAGCAAUGGAUUUCUCAUUGUGACCAAUGGGGAAUUUAGACUUACCACCACCUCUCACGCCCCCUUCCCUUCCCAUGCUCUGCUCCAGUCCCCAGCCAUUCCCUUGAGCCCUCCCCCCUCCCUUCCAUUCCUGAUUUGGUACAUCCUCACUUCUAGACGAUGCCUCUAAAGGGAUGGAAAAGAUUAAUGAGCUGCGGUCUACACAACUUUUUAUUCUUCUUCUUCUUAUUAUUAUUAUUCUAAAGCCAUAGUUUUACAUGUGUUUUUAAACAAAAGGGCAGGUGUUACCUUAAACAGAGAAAGGGAGAGGGGCACUUUUGGUUUGCCUCUUCCAGCCAAAAAGUGAGCUAUAGGUUGCUUCUCCCAGCCCAGGAAGAGUUCGGUCUAACAAGGAAUUAGGCUGUCCCCAUCACAGCAUAGGAGAGAGAGAGAGAGAGAGAGAGAGAGAGAGAGAGAGAGAGAGAGAGAGAGAGAGAGAAGAGCGAAGAUAGUCGUUUUUUUUAGUUCCGACAGUCUCUGAAAAAAUAAAACCCUGUUUCAGUACAAGUAGUCCUCGUUUAGUGACUGCCUUGUUUAGUGAGCAAUCACAAUUACAGCCGUGAAAAAAUAACUUUGCAAUCAAUCCUUGCACCUGUGGUCUUUGCAAGUUUGUAAAGCAAAAGAAAGCUGAAGGAAGAUUGUAAGCACAGUUGCAGGUUUACUUAACAACCACUUUGCUUAACAACAGAAUUGCCGGUCCCAAUUGCGGGUUGCUAACGAGGACUAGCUGUAAUUUUUGUGAGGCCUAUCAAAAUGUUUGCCUAUGUAUUUUCCUUUCCUUUCCUUUCUUUUUUAUUCUCCCUGUACUUCAUGGUUUUGUUUGCCCUCAGGGACAUCAUCACAUACCUUAAGAUAUAAGACUGCCAAAUAUCUUUUUUUUUUUCUGUCACUUUCUCUUACACACAUAUUAUGUUUUGAUUCCUGAUUGUCUGGGGUCAUUAAUGCUAUUUCUCCGUGAUGCAUCAUCCUCAGUCUCAAUUUAAUUUGUUGCCCCUCCUAUUGUCACGGGGGGGGGGCAACUAUUGAUCAGUGUCCCAAUUAGUAUGAUAUCUCUUCUAAUCAUCUUAUGAGCUUAAGUUCAGAAAACUGAAGUAGAAGUAGAAGCCAGAAUCAGAUAGGAAGAGAGAGAGAAGGCAGAGCAUCUGGCAAGGGGGUGGUUGUGACUUCAGAAAGAAAAAUUGAAUAUUCUCCAAAAUACCACUCCGAGAGAAAUAUCCAUCUCCAUCAAAUAACCUUUUUAAUCACAACAUGGGUGACUAUUCAGCUUUGUCUUGAUCUUCUACAUGAAAAAAAUCAGUAGUUUAUAUGGCAAGCGAUGUAUACACAUUUUAUGGAAGAGAAUAGUCAGAAAUAUUUUCUGCUCCAAGUGUAUGUGGGAUAGACAGGCCCACCUGUACUUUUUCAAAGAAUCAAACCUCUCAAAAUCAUUUUUGGCAACCCACUUUUACUGUGAGAAUAGCCAUAACAAAAAGGAAUCCAUUUUAAAUCUAAAAGCUGUUUUCACUUCCUACAGCUUGCUUUCGCCUUUUAGCAUGCUCCUAGUAGGACCAUGAACGGCUUUGGGUUCAACUCUAAAAGUUGGCAACAUUCACAGGAAGGGAUCCUUUCAGUCAGUCUGAAGGAAUUAGCAUUGUGCUGACCCACUUCAAGUCCUGCACCUGAUCCUGGGUUGUGACAUUACACACAUCUCCAGCAAGAGGCCCCUUUUGUAAUUUUGAUGAAGAGAGGAGGUGAGGCCACCCAGCGCUAAAAGGGCAUUUACAUAAUCCUGGGGAAAAAAAUAAUCUGGUUUAAGAUGUCAUAGGCAAGUAGAGUGUCCAAGCUUCUGCAGGUUCAAAAUUACUUUUUGACAUCAAACACAAAACACCACAAAGCUAGGGUUACCAGAUAUCUGAACAGAUGAAGGAAGACACUGAUAAUUGGAAAGGAAGGGAAAGAACAGAUAAUUGGAAAAGCGGGAAAGGAAGACAGAUUAACUUUUAUUUUCUUAGCAUCCACAAAAAAAGAAUUAGUGCAGUGAUAAGCUGCCAAAAAACAAAAAAGACUUUCCCUUACAUGUAUAUAAAAUCACCUUUCUCAGCAUCAGGAACACCCUUUCUUCCAAUCCCCAAAAUGGGCUACAGCCCAUUAAGAGGCAAAAAUGUUCAGCAAGUAACUGAUUAAGAUCUUGACAAUUUAAGAAGCAGCACAAGCCCAGGAGGCAAUUAACAAACUAAGGUCAUAAAACUGUGCUUGUUAACUGGUUAGCACUUAUUAGAGAAACUGUUCUUGGAAGAACAGGUGCUGAAGCUCAAAUACUUUGGCCAUCUAAUGAGAAGAGAGAACUCAUUGGAAAAGACCCAGAGGUUGAGAAAGAUAAGGUGACAGCAGAGGAUGAGAUGGUUAGAUAGUGUCAUUGACAUAGUGAAUAUGAAUUUCGGCAAACUGGGAGACACUGGAGGAUGGGGGGGGGUUGGCAUGCUAUGGUCCACGGGAUCAUAAAGAGUCAGAUACAACUUAGUGACUGAAAAACAACAAAAACAACAGGCAGAGAAAGCCUGUUAGAUAGUUAAAAAGCCAAUAUUUUCUUUUAAGGCUAUGCCUGUUGGAUAGAGGACAUUGAACGCAGAAAGACAAAAAGGAAUUAAUGUCCUUCUUUUGUUGGACAGCUGGUAACUCUAUGCAAGCUCUAGUUAACAGGCAGGUAGAGUUAUCCUGUUAAAGUCCUCUCUUUUUUAUUUUAGCAUAGGGUGUUAGCUACUAAAGUGAGUUAUGAGAGGCAUAGCUUCUUAGAGGUGUUAAAAGCUUCUUCAUUGAAGUUUGAACUAAUCCUAAAAAAAAAAAAAAAAGUCCUUUAACAGUUUAAAACCUGGGAUCAAUUUGUAGGCUAAUAUUCCAUGUCACCAGUUACAGAGAAGCAAACAUAUUCCAGAUAAACAUAUUAGUUAUACUAUUAUUGUAUAUAUACAACACAUAAACUUCCAUCCAAAGAGAAGAAAAGUAAGUAAAUGACAACAAUGGUUAAUACUGUUUCAGAGAGUCCAAUUUGCAUUGGCUUAUAUCAGAUAUCUUUUACAUACUUAGGCUGCCCAUAGUAAUAAAAAUCCUUGUUUUAUAUCUGAUAGCCACUUACUGAAACUAAGUAGAUAAAGUAGAUAAAGCUUGGUUCAAAAUUAGGGAAUGGCUAUAGGUUAGUAGUUCAGCAAUAUUAUAUCUAUUUUUAUUUUAUUUUUUUACAAUCCCAAAUUCAGAUCCUUACUUUUUAAUUAAGAAUAUUUGUCUAUACAGUUCGGUGCUAUCUCAUGAUCAUCUGGAUGUUUGUAGCCCAGAUUUGGCAGAACUGCAAAAUAUUUCUCUGCAUUGCUUCUGUUCUCUAGUGGUUUUGGCAUCAAGUCAACUGUCAGUAAUCCUGCCCACGAUCAGAACUGGAAAGACCAAUAUUAGCCCCUUGAAGCUGAUGUGAUCAGGGAACCACUUUAGAGUUUGAGUAGAAAAUUAUCAACUGAAAUAGAUUCUUGCAAUGUUUCCCAAACUCAGCAACUUUAAGAUGUGUGGACUUCAAAUCCUAGAAUUCUCCAGCAGCAUGAUGGCUGGAGAAUUCUGGGAACCGAAGUCCGUGCUUCUUAAAGAGGCAGAAAUAGAGAAUCACUUAGCUAUUAUAACAGUGUCUUACAAUCCUGAUUAUGUUCUUUCCUUCCCUCCUUAUUAUAUCCUAGGAAUCAGGGAGGAUUCAGCUUAAUCCUUUCCCUGUUUUUGCACAGUUUGUUGUAAUCAUUUCUGAAUAGUUUCCUCAAGGUUUUCUUGGUGUGUCCCUAUAUCUGGCCUACACCCAGUGGGGAAAGACUGUUAUGUCUACUUUAGAAUGGGAAUCAGAGCAGGACCACAUGAUCUGCAGCAUGAUAUGAUAGUGUCACUUUUUGUUGAUAUGGCUGUAUGACUACAGCCUAUGUAGGGAAGACAGAUGUGGGAAAUGUAUAUCAGAUAGAAGAAAUGUAUUAUUACAUUUUUAAAAAACCCUUUCCGUAUAUGUUUAUUUUUAACUAAAAAAAAAAGCAAAAAAAAAAAGCAAACAUAUCUGGGAGUCUCUUGGUGUCCCAAAGUGAAAUAUUUGGUUUGGGGGAGCCUUCUACUAAUUUCCUACACCCCCCCCCAUUAGCCAAAGUAACAUUAUGAGGACCCAGAUUGUUGGGGGCUCUGUAAACCACUUAGAAAGGGCUGUAAAGCACUGUGAAACGAUAUAUAAGUCUAAGUGCUAUUGCUAAGUGCUAUUGCUACAUUGCAUAAUGGGCUACGUAUGGCAAUAAACAAAGUGAAUAAUACAGCUUAUUAAUGGGUUUUAAAGAAAGCAUGAAUGCUCAAAACAUAUUUUGAGUCUUCCUGAUGUCAAUAAUAAAGCAUAGUGGGGAAUCAUCCCAGCAAAUUUUGUCAGGAAAUAAUGUGCUUAAGUGAUGAAUGAUGUAGCCAUAUUGAAACACUUUUAUUUUAAAUUAUAAAGAUAUUCAUUAUUGACAUUACAAGGUUGAGCACAGCAUUCCCAAAAGGGGAAGGGGAAGAGAUCAUUGUACUGUUUUCUUUUAAUCUGCAAUCUUGUGAAAAGAGAAGUCAAUUUCCAAGAUGGGAAACAUUUGGGCAGAAUUUCCUUAACAGUUUUUCCAAAUCCUUUAUAUGUGUUGACAUUACAACUCAUGGAAUUCUGAAUUAAGAAUUAGUCCCACUUAGUUGUAGUUCUAUCAGUGACUUGGUUGGGGAAAUAAAUUUUUCAUUUAGAUAUUUCCUCAGUCACUUACAAUAGGGGUUUUCUACCUUUUUCAGGCUGUGUUACUUAAACAAAAUUUAACUUUAAAAACUAUUAGUUUUUUUAAAAAAAUAAAUAAAUAAAUCUAGAAAUCCAGAUAAGGAAACAAGGUUCUGGUGACGGAAAAAUGGUUGCAUUCAAAUUUUGUUUUUUUAUUUUAUUUUAUUUUAUUUUGCCUUUAGUGUUAGAAACUAUUACAUUCUCAUAGAACUCCAGAACACAGUUUGAAAACUUAUAACAUUUUCCAUUACAAGUUUUAACAGGUAGUUUAUAGAAACCAUUACAAAAAACAUUUUUAAAAAGCCCAGUGUUAUCGACAGGAGCACAAAUACAUACAAUGCAGCUACCAUUAUAGAGAACAACAUUCUAGGGCUACGAAUCCUAAGGUCAAGAAUGACACAUUCCUUACCAGCUUUUCAAAGCAAUUGGGACCCACAUAAUUUUUAUUCCUACAGAGUAAUUCUUCAAAGGAUCAUUGAAACAAUCUAACCCUUUGGGCCCAGCAACCUCAUCCCAUUAAAAGGAAAGGCUCAAUAGAUGCCUUCAUGACAAUGAGGUGAUCUGCCCAAAAUUAUGCAGCCAUCUCUUAAUUUCAAUGGAUUCUUAAUAUACUCAGAUGGGGGAUUAUCAAGUGACAGCUGCAUUGCUUCAUGCUUCUCAGUUCAGCCAGCAAUUUCCAAAUUCAGCAUCUUUUCCUAUUUUUCCAGGCUGGCACAAAGCAGUUACCCGACUUUAUUUCCUUCUUCUUCCUUCUCAGAUUUAGUUGAAGGCUCAGACUGCUGAAGUUUUAUCUUUAGUAUGAAUACAAGCAGCAUCUUUCCAUGUACUAUUUUAACUGAUCUGAGCUCCCCACAAGAAUCUUAGAAAAUGAAAUUUUGCAAAGAUGAAAAAAGAGUUUCUGAUUAGCUUCCUGGUGUACUCUUCUUACCCAGAACUACAGUUCUCAAAAGUUACCUUUAAAUCCAUUUAAACUUGUGAGUGAGCAUGUGCCCUUGGUUGUUUUUUUUUUUUAAAAAUGUAUCCAGGCAUUCAGAAAGCCUAAGCAUGGACAGACAUUGAUGUCUAAUCCCUAUUCCUUUCACACACACACAUCCAACUUUGCCAUCUUGAUGAGGAUGAUAUAAAGGAAAACUCAAGCCAUAUUCCUAUGACCACAAUCAAAUGCACUCUAUGAUCAGCAGAUAUGCCCAAUCAGGGUUCUUGGCUGUGCAAAUCACAUUCAGCAAGAUUCAAUUCAGAUCUUCCCUGUCGUUAAGAUCAGAUUGGAGGUAGAGGAAGUAGGGCUGACUUGGAUCAGAUAUCCCUGCUUUUCCUCCAUGCUUAGAAUUUUAAUUGCCUUGCCAAGGCUAAAUUUCAUAGCAAAUGAAUAUUUGAUUGCUGUUCUUCAAUGCCUGGCCAUUCAUCUAUACAACUCUUCCAUUUUCUAAAUUAAAUAAAAAAAAUAAAAAGAACAAUUUAAACACAGCAGCAAUCAGUGAGAUGGGCAAAUUUGCUUUCAAAGAUGAUGAAUUCCCAUGAGUCAUCACCAAAUUCUUACAUGAUUACCCAAACAGUAUGAGAUUUGACUAGUUCAUGUAAUUUCAGGCAGCUGGGAACAUUGCUUUGUGUUGGAAAAAGUCACCAUCUUCUAUUGUAUUGGUGCAAUCCAGGUCUUCUCCAGCUAUGCUCAUCUGUGUAUUUGGAUUAAAAUCAGUCAGUCCUUGCCAGAUGCAAUCAGUUUUGCCUGUUGCAAAAUCCAAUUUGUCUAAGGCAGAGGUCUCCAAACUUGGCCCUUUUAUGACUUGUGGAUUUCAACUCCCAGAAUUCCUCAGUCAGCAUGCCUGGCUGAGAAAUUCUAGGAGUUGAAAUCCACAAGUCAUGAAAGGGCCAAGUUUGAAGACCCCUGGUCUAAGGGUUGGUUUCAUCCUUCAUUAACAUAAGAAAUAUAUUAUUUUAUUAUAGUUUAAAAAUCAAACCUGUGACAACCAGCUAUAAUUCCUAUCCAUAUACUAGUGUUUUGAAACUGCUUUGAUUUGAGUUCAUUUUGGAGCUUCUGAAACAGAUCAGCUUGUCCCUGCUGAAAUAUAGUGAAUAUUAGUUAUGAUUUUAUCUUGAGUCCAAUAGGAUUUAAAGCCAUAUUCUUUUUUAAAACAAAUAAAUGCAUGGUAGAUCACUGGGGAAAAAAAAAUAGGAUUGGAAAAGAAAGCUGAGCUAAUGUAUUUCUCUUAAAUUAGCUCUGUUACAGUAGGCUUAGAGACAAGCUACAACAAAAUUAUAGGAUGGGAACCUUUCAGGACUGUUCUACUUCAAGCAUUAAAUAGGUCUAGUUUCAGUGUUUUCCUAUAUUAACUUAUUCACCAUCGGCAUAUCAAAAAUAAGGAAAUCAGGAAAAAAAUAUCAUUUGUCCGAUGUGCUACUUUUUAGCAUGCAAGGCUUUUAUUUUUUAAAAAAAGUUUUUCAUUUUUUAAAAAAUGUAUUUCUUCCAUCCCAUACAAUCUGAACCGAGAAAACAGACCCUGGACUGCUGAAUGUGUGGUUUAUAACUGAAAGCAAUGCCAGUUUUGAGGGGUUGUCUCCCUCAAUGUGACUGUAGUUGUGUGAACACAAUUAUAAUGGGCACUUUCUACCUUGAAAAGAAAGAUCAACAAAGUCCCUGGGAUCUCACCUUUUAAUUGGUAUAAAUGUUGGGACCAUUUCUGGAAACGCUGACGUCUAACACCCAGCCAGUCAUUAAGAAGACCAAAGAGAAGCGUGAUUCUUUCCUUAGAUUCUGCAUAUCUUUUUGUUCCUCCGGAAUACAUAACAUUUUUCAACAUUUAUUUUGGUUUUGAAAUUCCAUCAUGAUAAGUUCUAUCUCAGGUACAAAUGCUUUUCAUUGAUUACACAAGUUUGGACAGUGCCCUCAUUUCUGUGUUGUCUCCCCUACAUCUCUGUUUAUCUAAAUAUAAAUAAAGCAGUGUAUUAAUUCCUUUAGGGGUUGGGAGAAGCCAAGGGAUCAGCUAAGUUUGGCAGUGGAGCUUCAUGAAUUUGCAUUUAUCCUUAGAGAAAGCCAUAUAAAAUCAGACUGCAAUAUUAAAUCACAAUGCUAUUCUAUGUUUGAAACAAAGAAACAAACAGGAAGCAAAACCUUAGAUUGUGUGCUAUAUCACUUUGGGAAUUUCCAUCUCUGUUUCCAGGACAAUAUGUUAGCUUUGUUUCCAUCUGCCCUAACUUUCUACCAAGAAACAGCACUCCAACGACGUUUAAUGCAUUCUUCCAAACAGGCUCUUAGAACAUUAGAAUCAAUCAUUAGGAAUCUGUUGUUGUGAACUGAAUGUAAUGUCCUACUUAUAUCUGAUCCUGUUACCUCUGUAUACGUUUGACUCUGUGUUAACUGCGAUUCCCGUUCUAUGUGCUCAGUCGGCAACAUCUUUCAGUCAAUGUCUUUUUAAACCAUGCUUGUUUUCACACUCCACUUAUGUAAUAAACAGAGCAGAACAUGUAAUUAGGUGGGCAUUUUCUAAUAAGGGGGGGAAAGCUCUCCUUUUCUUCCCCCCUCUCUCGAAUGCAUGCAGCACCUUCCAAAUCAACCAGAAGGUGACUUCAAGUAGAGACUUUGUGAAUGUAAAUUUUGUUUGUAACUUGCCUGCUACCUUUUCCUGCAUGAUGUGGGUUCAAAUGGUACCAUGUUCUUUUCAAAUGGAGUCACAGCCAAUAAACAACAACAAACAAGCAAACAAACAGUAAUAAUAAAAGUGAUUACAUACUCUC